AGCACAGAAACAGCUGCUCUGAGCGUCUAAGGCUCUGUGUUGCUUCAACAUAUGACUGCAGCGCCUGGACUGGACACUGGCAGUCAGGAAGUAAUGAAACAGAACUAAAAGUGAUCCUGGGUAUUUUGAACUUGCUUCGUAGUACAGGCUUCAGGAUGUAUCCUGUUAUCCACGAUGCUCUAGCGCUGUCACAUGAUUUCUCAGAAAUGUUGAAGCCUUCCUCUUGUACAUAAUGUUUCACUGCACUUCCCCCUUUGACGGCAGCUGUGAACCCGCCCGCUGCUCACUGUUACUUUCUGUUUAGCUAACUAACGGUGAAACUGACGAAGCCGUCAGACUACACAGCAAGAGUCUCGCACUUUAAACUCCUGAAGAGUCACAUGUCCACAAGAGGGCACCAAAUCACCCUACAUGAGACCAGCACAGAGAUUAAAAUGAACUACUUCUGUUUACUUGGACUUUGAAGUUAUGAGGGUGUGACUCAUCCUCAGAUCAACUGCACGAGCAGCUUCUUCUCUGCAAAUGUUUCUUCUACACACGAAGGUGCAAAGUGUUUGUAAGUCGACCUGAAGUGAGUUCAGCAGGGAAAAGAUGGCGACACCUAAACAGUUCCUCUUGAUGACUUUGGAGGAUUUGGGAGCCGAGGACUUCAAGCAUUUUAAGUGGUUCCUGCAACAGAAAGAGGUCCUAGAAGGCUUCCCAUCAAUCCCGAGGACUCAACUGGAGAAUGCAGACAGGAUGGACACAGUGGAUCUAAUGGUCCAGACCUACUGUAUAAACACCAUUAAAGUCACCAGAAUGGUUCUGGUGAAGAUGAAUCAGAAUGAUCUAGUGGAACAUUUCACAGACAUCAUCUCAGUACCCACAGAGAUUCUCACUUACUGCCAACGUAAACUCAAAUCUAACCUGAAGAAGAAGUUCCAGUGUGUGUUUGAGGGGAUCUCUAAAGCAGGAAACCCAACCCUCCUGAAUCAGAUCUACACAGAGCUCUACAUCACAGAGGGAGGGACUGGAGAGGUCAAUGAUGAACAUGAGGUCAGACAGAUUGAAACAGCAUCCAGGAAACCAGUCAGACCAGAAACAACCAUCAGACAAGAAGACAUCUUUAAAGCCUCACCUGGAAGAGAUGGACCAAUCAGAACAGUGAUGACAAAGGGAGUGGCUGGCAUUGGGAAAACAGUCUUAACACAGAAGUUCACUCUGGACUGGGCUGAAGACAAAGCCAACCAGGACAUACAGUUCACAUUUCCAUUCAUCUUCAGAGAGCUGAAUGUGCUGAAAGAGAAAAAGUUCAGCUUGGUGGAACUUGUUCAUCACUUCUUUACUGAAACCAAAGAAGCAGGAAUCUGCAGGUUUGAUCAGUAUCAGGUCGUGUUCAUCUUUGACGGUCUGGAUGAGUGUAGACUUCCUCUGGACUUCCACAACACUGAGAUCCUGACUGAUGUUACAGAGUCCACCUCAGUGGACGUGCUGCUGACAAACCUCAUCAGGGGGAAACUGCUUCCCUCUGCUCGCCUCUGGAUAACCACACGACCUGCAGCAGCCAAUCAGAUCCCUCCUCAGUGUGUUGACAUAGUGACAGAGGUCAGAGGGUUCACUGACCCACAGAAGGAGGAGUACUUCAGGAAGAGGUUCAGAGAUGAGGAUCAGGCCAGCAGGAUCAUCUCCCACAUCAAGAGAUCACAAAGCCUCCACAUCAUGUGCCACAUCCCAGUCUUCUGCUGGAUCACUGCUACAGUUCUGAAGGAGGUGUUGAAAACCAGAAGGAGAGGAGAGCUGCCCAAGACCCUGACUGAGAUGUACAUCCACUUCCUGGUGGUUCAGUCCAAACUGAAGAACAUCAAGUAUGAUGGAAGAUCUGAGACAGAUCCACACUGGAGUCCAGAGAACAGGAAGAUGAUUGAGUCUCUGGGAAAACUGGCGUUUGAGCAGCUGCAGAAAGGAAACCUGAUCUUCUAUGAAUCAGACCUGACAGAGUGUGCCAUCGAUAUCAGAGCAGCCUCGGUGUACUCGGGAGUGUUCACACAGAUCUUUAAAGAGGAGAGAGGCCUGUACCAGGACAAGGUGUUCUGCUUCAUCCACCUGAGUGUUCAGGAGUUUCUGGCUGCUCUUCAUGUCCAUCUGACCUUCAUCAACACUGGAGUCAACCUGAUGUCAGAGCAGACAACAUCCCGGUGGACUAUACUGUUAAGACACAGAGAAACACAAUUGUACCAGAGUGUUGUUGACAAGGCCUUAGAGAGUCCAAAUGGACACCUGGACUUGUUCCUCCGCUUCCUCCUGGGUCUUUCACUGCAGACCAAUCGAACUCUCUUACAAGGCCUGAUGACACAGACAGGAAGUAGCUCAGAGACCAGUCAUAAAACAGCCCAGUACAUCAAGAAGAAGAUGAUUCAGAAUCUGUCUCCAGAGAAAAGCAUCAACCUGUUCCACUGUCUGAAUGAACUGAAUGAUUGUUCUCUAGUGCAGGAGAUCCAACAGUCCCUGAGAUCAGGAAGUCUCUCCACAGAUGAACUGUCUCCUGCUCAAUGGUCAGCUCUGGUCUUCAUCUUACUGUCAUCAGAAAAAGAUCUGUAUGUGUUUGACCUGAAGAAAUACUCUGCUUCAGAGGAGGCUCUUCUGAGGCUGCUGCCAGUGGUCAAAGCUUCCAACAAAGCUCUACUGAGUGGCUGUAAUCUGUCAGAGAGAAGCUGUAAAGCUCUGUCCUCAGUCCUCAGCUCCCAGUCCUCUAGUCUGAGAGACCUGGACCUGAGUAACAACGACCUGCACGAUUCAGGAGUGAAGCUGCUGUGUGCUGGACUGGAGAGUCCACACUGUACACUGGAAGGUCUCAGACUGAGUGGCUGUAAUCUGUCAGAGAGAAGCUGUGAAGCUCUGUCCUCAGUCCUCAGCUCAGCCUCUAGUCUGAGAGACCUGGACCUGAGUAACAACAACUUGCGGGAUUCAGGGGUGAAGCUGCUGUGUGCUGGACUGGAGAGUCCACACUGUACACUGGAAGGUCUCAGUCUGUCAGGCUGUCUGAUCACAGAGGAAGGCUGUGCUUCUCUGGCCUCAGCUCUGAGCUCCAACCCCUCCCAUCUGAGAGAGCUGGACCUGAGCUACAAUCAUCCAGGAGACUCAGGAGUGAAGCUGCUGUCUCUUGGACUGGAGGAUCCACACUGGAGACUGGACUCUCUCAGGGUUGGAAGAAACAGGGUGAUUAAAGCGUCCAGAGACAAAACCUUGAAUGUGCUGGGUGAUGCUGAAGAUGAUUCGUGCUCAGAGGAUCCGUCAUCAAUAAAUAAAGGUGACUCUGAUGUCAAACUGGACCUAAACACCGCAGAGACAAAGCUGGAUGUGUCUGAGGAUGACACAAAGCUGAUGAAGCCUCUAUCAAGGUUCAUGCCUAAACUGCAAGCUCAAUCUACACAAGUCUCAUACAGGUUCGGGUGUCCUGGUCCAGGUGGGUUCCGGUGCACAUCAACUGGACUGGUGUUUGUUAUGGCUCAGAAGGCGGAGCUGUUCUACAGGACUAUCCAAUGGGAUGAAGGACUUCUCAAAUUAGCUGGCAAGAUGGCUGCAGGGCCACUGUUCGAAAUCCAGGGUCCUGAGGAUGCUGUCUGUCAGCUCCACCUCCCACACUAUGAAACAAAGGAUGCUCUGUUCUCUGAAGACCUGCUGUGUGUCCUCCACUUCACUGAUGAUGGAAUGAGCAUCCUCGAACCGCUGGAGAUCACCGACACUCACGUUAUUAUCAAAGUCCCUCAUCUCUCUGCGUUUGGCGUAGUCCGGGUUUUGGAGGUUUUCAAGAGGAUUUGGAAAAAAAUGAACCCAAUUAGCGGCCAAGUCUUGCUGUUCCUCACACCACCAAACCUCAAAACACAAAACCUCAAUGUGCUUCUCCUGCCAAGCGACAUCGUUCUGGAAGAGGUGAGGAGAAAACAACCAGUCUCUGUGUACAUCCCAGCGCCUUCCCAAUGCGAACUCAUUGAAAAAAGAAAUUACACUGUUCACUGUCCGAUGGCCUGUAAAAUACAGCCUGAGAAAGCAAAGUUUAACCGGGAUGUUGGACCAAAUUACCGUUCAACGUUUGAGAUCCGCCUGCCUACAGACACAGAAGAAGUGACUAUAGCAGUUCGAGAUGAAACAGAUACAGAUGUCUGGAAGUACGAUGCUGACCUGACUGGUCUUAGCCCAGCAUGGACUCCCAGUGUCCCAGCAUGGACUCCCAGUGUCCCAGCAGAGAUUCUGAAUGUCCCAGCAUGGACUCAGGGUGUCUCAACAGGGAUUGCAAAUGUCCCAGCAUGGACUCAGGGUGUCUCAACAGGGAUUGCAAAUGUCCCAGCAUGGACUCAGGGUGUCCCAACAGGGAUUCCAAAUGUCCCAGCAUGGACUCAGGGUGUCUCAACAGGGAUUGCAAAUGUCCCAGCAUGGACUCAGGGUGUCCCAACAGGGAUUCCAAAUGUCCCAGCAUGGACUCAGGGUGUCUCAACAGGGAUUGCAAAUGUCCCAGCAUGGACUCAGGUGUCCCAACAGGGAUUGCAAAUGUCCCAGCAUGGACUCAGGGUGUCCCAACAGGGAUUGCAAAUGUCCCAGCAUGGACUCAGAGUGUCCAAGCAGAAAAGUACCUGGCGUCUGUUCGGACAGAUUUCAUCGACAGUGUGUCUGAACCUCUUCUACAUAAGCUGCUGGAUAAACUCCUGGCGCGCAAAGUGGUGAUUAAGGGUGAACUGGAGUUUGCUGGAACACAGAAGACCAGGGCAGACAAAGCUCGAGUGGUGAUCGAUACGGUGCUAAGAAAAGGACGAAAAGCCAGUGAAGCUCUGAUUGCUGCUCUCUGUGAGGAGGAUCAGUGUCUUUCAACAAAGCUGAAGUUAAUGUGAAGCAGAAACAGUGUAUAUCAGGGUGUUUCACAUCUUUAAUUCUUGAGUUUUACCUUUAAACUUUUUCUCUAUUGUUUAAGAACAUUUGGUAAAAACUUUAAAACUCUCCAAACAUGAAUCAGGGUUUUCUAUACUGUACUGGUUCACAUGAUAAAUUCAUUGUAAUGUGUAUUUUCACAGCACUAAUAACAUCAGUGCAACAACAGACUCAUGUCAUAGAAGGGGUUUAAUUUGGAUGUGGACCCUGUGUUCUCUGGCCUGGAAAGGAAAAUCUGUCCUGACUUGAGCCAUUGAAGAUUUGUAUAUUUUACAAAUGUAGCUCUACGGUUACUAAAUGUGUCUGUUCCUGGGAAUUUAAGAUCAACAAGUUACAGUUUGUCUGUUAUGUUGAGCGUGUUGUGGCCCCGUAGAGCUGAUCUUGUAAAGAAAGCUAUAGCUACAGCUAUAGGCCGGCUGGCGCUGACAUCUCACCUGAUGAAGACCCUGGAGCGGCUGGUCCAUCUUCGGCCCCUGGUAAGCCCAUCGAUGGACCCGCUUCAGUUUGCUUAUCAGCCUGGCAUUGGACUGGAUGACGCUGUCAUCAACCUAGCUGCAAAAGUCUCUGUCGACUCCGCCGUUGUCGGCCUCAUCACUGAUGGCGACGACAGGUAGUACAGAGAACUGACCCAGGUCUUUGUGGACUGGUGCCAGCAGAACCACCUCCAGAUCAACACUGGGAAAACCAAAGAGCUGGUGUUGGACUUCCACAGACGGAAACACACUCCUCCCACACCGGUGAACAUCCAUUUUGUAUCUUGUAUAUUUUGUAUUUAAUUGUACAUAUUAUAGUUUAUUUCAUUUUAUUCUAUUAUUUAUCUUCUUUUUUUGGUUCUUGUCAUUUGGCAAUCUGUUUGUCUUUCUUUGUAAUGUCCACUUUGCUGCUGUGACGUGGGAAAUUUCCUCCCUGGGAUUAAUAAAGGAAUAUCUUUUCUGAAACACUGAUAUGAACAUAAUAAAACUAUGACUGUGACUAUUAUAA